CUCGGCUAAGGCCGUAGAACUCGAACCGGCUUCUCCAUGGCCCGGAUUACCGUGCCCGGCUGAGCCACUUUCCAGUUGGCUGGAGCCAUCUCCUUGAGGCCGAGUCGUCGCGGCGGCGGUGGGGAUUGCAGGUCACUCAGCUGCAUCCUUUCGACAAUAUAUUGGGAGGGAAGUAUUGAGUUUGAUGGUUGGAGUAAUGAGGUCUUUUGCUGCUUCUGUUGACUCACGGUAUCAUCUGAAGCAAGUCACUUUAUUUUGCAUCAGUUUACAUAUCUCAACUUCUACUUAUGAAACUACAAGGCAGAAAGGCUCGCAGAUGGGUCAAGGGCUGUGGAGAGUGGCUAGAAACCAGCAACUUCAACAGGAAAGCUAUAGUGAGCAAGGCUACCUCACUAGAGAACAGAGUAGAAGAAUGACUGCUGGUGGUAUUUCUAAUGCAAACCAUCGCAAACAGGCCCAAGGAGGCAUUGACAUAUAUCAUCUUUUGAAAACAAGGAAAUCUAAAGAACAGGAAGGAUUCAUUAAUUUGGAAAUGCUGCCUCCUGAACUAAGUUUUACCAUUUUGUCAUACCUGAAUGCAACUGAUCUCUGCCUGGCUUCAUGUGUUUGGCAGGACCUUGCUAAUGAUGAGCUUCUCUGGCAAGGGUUGUGCAAAUCCACUUGGGGUCACUGUUCCAUAUACAAUAAGAACCCACCUCUAGGCUUUUCCUUCCGAAGAUUGUAUAUGCAGCUGGAUGAAGGCAGCCUCACCUUUAACGCCAACCCAGAUGAGGGAACAAGAUUCUCCAAAGGACACCCACCGUUCAUGUCUUGGAAAAGGGGUAACCAAACUCCACAGCAACAGCUCCAGAGCUGGCGGUGGCUCACGGGGUGGGGGAGAGCAUCUACACACUUUGUGGGAGUAAACUACUUUAUGUCCAAGGGCAUCCUUGAUGAUUCACCAAAGGAAAUAGCAAAGUUCAUCUUUUGUACAAGGACACUAAAUUGGAAGAAGCUGAGAAUCUAUCUUGAUGAAAGGAGAGAUGUCUUGGAUGACCUUGUGACAUUGCACAAUUUUAGAAAUCAGUUCUUGCCAAAUGCACUGAGAGAGUUUUUUCGACAUAUUCAUGCCCCUGAAGAACGUGGGGAAUAUCUUGAAACUCUUAUAACAAAGUUCUCCCACAGAUUCUGUGCUUGUAACCCUGAUUUGAUGAGAGAGCUUGGCCUUAGUCCUGAUGCUGUCUAUGUACUGUGCUACUCUUUGAUCCUGCUUUCCAUUGACCUUUCUAGUCCUCAUGUGAAGAACAAAAUGUCAAAAAGAGAAUUUAUCCGAAACACCCGACGUGCUGCUCAGAACAUUAGUGAAGAUUUUGUAGGACACCUUUAUGACAACAUCUACCUUAUAGGCCAUGUGGCUGCAUAAAAGCACAACUGUUAGGACAUCAGAUUUGAAGGUGAAAACAACUAAAGCUACCCAAGAAAUUAUUUUAUAGAUAGGGGGUUACACUAGUGCUGGUCAUUCUAACCUCUGCAUUCAAUCAAGUGUGUGUAUAUUGCCUUUUUUUAGUAAUUUACCAUGGGAAACGAAGGAUUUUGCAGAAAUUUUUCUUAAUUUUCCUUAUUAUGUUUUGCACAAAGCAGAGCCAUUAGUCUGACACAACCAUUUAAGAAUGUUUAAACUGACAUUACACUAAAAAGUGGUAAAUUUGUGCAUUCGAUUUGCUUCAAAAAUCUUAACCAGUUCCAUUCUUUUAUAAAAUGCCAUAUAAUGUGUACAUACUUAACUAAAGAGAUUUAUAAUCAUAAUUAUUUUAUUGUAUAGUAUUUUAACUAAAGUUUUUUUUCUUUUCUCUCUAAAGUUGAGUUCUGAAUUUCUUUACUACUGAUCUGAGUACAGUUGUUUUCCUGAAAGUCAGAUAUGAUUUUCAAGUGAUUCAUCAAUAACAAAAUAUUCAUUUUUAAAUUAGAAAGGAGGGAGCCUGUUUCUCAUUAAUUUUACACUAUAUGUAUGUGUAUAUGUACGUGUGAGUGUAUAUGUACACACAUACAUAGACCCAUGAUUUAUAGGGAGACAGCAUUGUUGGAGUACUAACCCUGGAGGCCUUCCUUUGACAUAUACCAACAUUAUGGGCAAGUCACUCCAUCUAUAAGUGAUCCAGACAACCCUCUACAUCUAUAUUAUAAGUUCUAAUAUUGACUGGUGCCAUUCCCCAUGUGUACACACACAAAGCAACAUAAAGGUACAUGAUUGGUAUAAGUAGAUUGCAACAUAUUACUAACCAUUAAUUUCAUGCAAGAUGUGUGUGUGGAUGGGGUGUAUAUAUGUAUACAUAUAUGUAUAUGUAAUUGUGUGUGUGGGUACAUACAAGUUUAUAUGUAUGUCUGAAGAUAGUGAAAAAGACAUUUUCUCCAUAAUUAAUUUUUUAAUUCAACAUCUAACCACUAGUUAAAACACGUACUUGGUGAAGAGUGCUGAGCAGCUGGAUACUGAGAAAUAUUUUUUUUAAUUAGAUAAAACAUGGUCCUUACCAUCUUAGAAUUUACAGUUAAAUAGCAAUUAAAUUAAAUUUUCUGAUAGCUCUAUAUAGAUACAUGUUCUGAUUUAAAAAAAAAAACAAACAAAAACAAACUUAACCCCCAAGAUACCAUAACAUUCUUAUUCAUCAUAGAUUACAUCUAUUUUUAUGGAAUUUUUUUCCCUCGGCACUUGAAUAAAUCAGAAUAAGUAUACAAAGUAACUGGGCAAACUUUACUCUCUUCUCUGAAAUAGUCUCUUUCCAACAAUAUUUCAAAAGGGAUAUAAAUGUCACUCCAAUCUGGUUAGGAAAUGAGAAAUUCCAGUUAAUUACAUUACUUUCAUCAAUGGUGAGUUAUUUAGGCUACAAACAUAUUAGCAGUUUUAAGGAAACUAGAAUAAAUUAAGACAUUUUUAAAACAGGAAUUAUGUGAAUAAUUGAUCAUUUGAAUUGAUAAAGCAGAAAACCCCCUCCACUGAAGGUGUGUGUAUGUGUAUGGUGAGGUUUGCCACUUUAGUCUAAAUGUUGCCCCCCCACUCCUGUUCCUGCCUCCCAGAAAAUCCUAUAUAUAGAGAAGAGACAUCAUCCAGGUUUGCAAGAUCACACUUAGGUAUUGAUACAUACGGGAUUUUCUUGAUUAUUUUGAAAGAAUAGAAGGGUAAGAAGAAAACAUUUAUAUCAAAAUGGAGAACCUCAUUUGACUCCCAGAUCUGGCCUACAGAUACACCUCAAGGACAAUACUUUGAUGAAUAUCAACCAAUAAUAACUCAGCAAUUAAUAAGUGCCUCAUAUAUACUAGGUACGCAGUGUGAAUUCAUCAGUGUGAGUACUCCCUCCACUAUUGCAAAUGACAGCUAUUCUAGGCCUUAUCAUCCUGUAUACCUUUUACCUGUUUUUGUAGGCCUUCUUCAAGGGUAUGCAGGGGCUGUUCUAUCUGUUAUGUCUAGUUUUUGCUUUGUAAUUCCUCGCUUUCCUUGUGUAACAAGGUGUACCUUUGAUGAUUUCUUUUAUACCACUUCGUGCAAUCAAGUAAUGGUUGGUAAUAUGCUGCAUUCUACUUAUCCAUCAUGUACAUUUAUGUGGCUGCAUUUUUGAUUCUUCACAGGACAGUGAUAUUCUAUAAUAUGUAGUCCUGUAGCAUCAUCAGAAAAAUAUUUUGUACUAAUAAAAUAGAUUUUUCAGUGAGGAGCAAAUUGAGAACAUUGAAAGUGAUACACGGUUUACCCAAUAAAAUCCAGUACACUUUAUCUCUAUGUUCAUUUCUGUACCUCAGUUUUCUUCAUCUUUAAUUUGAAGAGGUUAAAUUAGAUGGCCUCUUAGGCCCUGUCCAACUUUAUAUGUAUGAUAUUUGUGAAUGCAGUGUCCUUAAGAAACAGGAGCACAUGGAGAACCUAGACAUCUAUAAGGAGCCUCUCUUCCAUUUGUGCACCUGAAAGAUAACUGCCAGGCCUGCUCCUGCUGAGCAGAUACUGUAUCUUCCUAUUAAUAUGAGGUUCUCUCAAAUGAUUUUUGUAUGAUCAGAACAUAGAAGCUUUUUUUUUCAAUUUUGCUCUUUUUAGUCAAAUGUGCUUUUAUAACCAAUAAUCAGCAGACUCAUAUAAUCAAAAUUGUCCAAUUUACUUCCUAUGAACCUCUUGGUUUUAUGACUUGAGAUAUGAUUUGCUGUAGAAAGGCAUCUGUCAAAAACCUUUCUAUUCUUUCCUUAUAUAUUCAUCAAGGAUGAUCCUAUACCAUUCUCAAAGAUAUUGUGGAGGUGAGGAAGUAUUAUAGUUGCUGACAUCUUCCCAAUCAAUGUUUUAGUAAUGAUAGUUUCUGAUAUUUUUUUUAAUUCUUUUCACUCAUUCUAUCUUGCAGUUAUCUUGAAAAUUGAUAUCCGAACAAUUUUAAAACUCUCUUCAGCUUUGAUUUUUUUCCCUUUUGUUUUCAGUCAGGUCCUGGCCACUCUUCAUUUUCUCUCCUUAAAGUGCCAUUUUAAUUUCCUCAUUAUAGGAUGUUAGGUACUGAGUUAAUAAGAGUUCAUAUCUAUGUUGAAGAUAGACUUCAGUAGAAAAAACCUAAUACACAAAUUAUUUUAUUUCAUACAUAAAUAUUUCAUAAUUUUUGGCAUUUUCCAGUUUUACCUGAUGGUCUUCUUGGGAUAACUAGGCUUAAUUGGAUCUCACAUCAAGAUGUCUGUAUCUACCUCUAAUAGUGUUUUCUUAUUUAUACUCUGCAUUGGUAUUGCUCUUGAUUGUUUUGUCAAUUUUUUACAUGAAGACAGGGUCUGGCUAAGGCAAUUUCUUGCCUCAUGGCUAUGUAGUACCUACUUUUUAAAAGCAGUUAAACUUCUCUAAUAAAUGGCUAUAGUAGAUCAAUGUCUACUUUUUAAUAAUUUGUUUAGAUCAGGUUGAAACUGAUAUGUCAUACAAUGCCUUUUUAUAUUUACCAUUUUUCCUAGUUUGGUUUUGGAAUUGAUUUUGGCCAUUUUUCUCUAAUCUGGCUACACUAAUUCAGCUAAUUCUGAAAUUACUCUUCUGUCAAUGGAAGCCAGUCAUUUCCUAUUAGUUACAGUCAUUUUCAUUUUCUUUGAUGUUGUUUGUUGUUCAUAAUUUCUAGCCUUUCCUGACUUCACUUAAAGAAAAAUAUUUGGGUCUCUAAUUUCUUUUUUUUUUUUAAUUAAACCCUUACCUUCUGUCUUGGAGCCAAUUGGCUCCAAGACAGAAGAGUGAUAAGGGCUAGGCAAUAGGGGUCAAGUGACUUGCCCAGGGUCACACAGCUGGGAAGUAUCUGAGGUCAGAUUUGAACCUAGGACCUCCCAUCUCUAGGCCUGGCUCUCAAUCCACUGAGCUACCCAGCUGCCCCCAGGUCUCUAAUUUCUUAAUCCCAAACUAUAUUUUUCAUUGUCCUUCCUUCCACAUGCCUGUCUUCAGUGUAAUCUUUGAAUAUCAAAUUUAUGUUGACUUAUUUGAAAAAUCUUAUAUUCUUCAUAUAAUUUCUUUUUAUCUUCUACAACAGAUGUCAGUACAAUGUUGGUUAUAUUGUCUCAAAUGUAACCUUAAAUCAUUGUGAAAGUAAGCAAUCUCAAUUCUUUAUUUUGAAGCCUUGCUCUUCCAUUUUAGAAUCAAUACUGUGUAUUGGUUCUAAAGCAGGAGAGCAAUAAGGGCUAGGCAAUGGGGGUUAAGUGUCUUGCCCAGGGUCACAUAGCUGGGAAGGAUCUGAGGUCAGAUUUGAACUCAGGACCUAACGUAUCUGGACCUGGCUCCAAUCCACUGAGCCAUCUAGCUGCUCCUCAAUUAGAACAGAACAUGACUGUUGGCUUAAAUAUGAAAUGGGCAUGGUAAAGUAAUGAGUUUAUAAGGUUCUAAAGUAAAUUUUUAAAGAAUACCAUUUCUUCUUAUAUAUAAAAUUGGGAAUUCCAUGAGAAAAUAAGUCUUAAAAUAAAAAGCAAAGUGAAUUUUUUAAAAAAUCAAGCUGAUACCCCAAAUGGAAAGGACCUUUAGAAGAAGUUCAAAGAAUGGCAAUUGAUAAUUGUAAUUUUUAGUGAGUCAUUUUAGUCGUGUCCAACUCUUUAUGACCCCAUUACAUUAGGGGUUUUCUUAGCAAAGAUACUGUAAUGGUUUGCCAUUUCCUUCUCCAACUCACUUUACAGAUGAGGAAAUAGACCAACAGGGUUAAAUGACUUGCCCAAGGUUACACAGCUAGUGUCAGAGGAUGGAUUUGAACUCAAGAUGAGUCUUCCUGACUUCAGGCCUGGCACUCCAUCUACUGCAGCAUCUAGCUGUCCUGAUUAGUGACAAGUUACUCUAAUGUCCGUAUCCCAGCUGUACAGCUGAGAGUGUUAUCUGUCUCUUUUUAUCCAUAUCUGCCCUUCUCCUCUGACUUUCCAGUUUGUCUUUAUCUCUCUCUCUCUCUCUCUCUCUCUUUUCUCUCUACCUGUAUACCUUUCUCUUCCUAUUUUUCCCCUCCCCUUUUACUGCUGUUAUCAAUUUCUAUAUUUCUCCUUUCCCUUAUAUUGCGCUGUUCCUCACCCCAAGUAAUUCUCUCUUAACUGGCUGUAAUAUGAAACCAAAGUAUUUUUAUUACCAUUAUUUAUCCCUGUCUCAACUUAGUAGUUGAGAAUGGUUUACAUCUCAAUUUUGAAAGAAAUAAAACCUCGGUUUAUGCUUCUUC